AUGCGUCGCAAGAAAGACGACAUUGCCAAGCUCACCUGCUUAUGGUAUCCCCAGGCCCGUAAGCGGGAGAUGGAGGCACUGGCGCUCUACGCGACGUGGCUGGUGUGCUGGGAUGACGCUGUCGAUGCUAACGAGGGCGAUCUGGCGGGUGAUUUUGCCCGUGCCGAACGCUGGAGACGGCAGACUUUGGGCGUGGUUCGCGAGGCUUUGGCCGUUGACGGAAUGCGUGCACGUGGAUCAGACGGUGAUCCGAUUAACGAUGUUUUUCGGGAUUUCGGCUCGCGGAUCUGCGAGACGGUGUCGAGAGAUCAGCGGCGGGCCUUAUAUGAUGAGAUACAGCUAUUUACAGCUACCUGUGCGGCUGAGCAGGAACUGCGCCUGGCUGGCCAUGUGCCGGACUACGAGUCGUAUAUGAAGUUCAGAAUCGGCACCAUCGGUGGCAGGAUGCUUUGCAGUCUUGUCCCGUAUGCUAUACAUGAGAGACUACCGCAAGCAGCUCUUUCGAGACCAGAGGUACAUCAGUUAUGGACACAAGUAUGUGUUCUAUUGAGCUUGUCGAAUGAUUUGCUAUCAUUGAAGAAGGAGUUGCAGACAGAUUGUGUCAUCAACGCGGUUGCAGCCAUCAUGGAGCCAAACAUGUCAUUGGAUAUGGUUGUUGCUGAGUUGGAAGCAAGAAUGAGAACGGCAGUUAAGGAGUUUGACGAUGCUGCAAGCAAAUUGACCAAAAGCACGGAAGUAGAAGGAGAAACACGACUUGUUAUUGAGAGAUAUAUUGAGGGAUGCCGUUCUGUCGUUACUGGUACUCUCGAGUUUACGUUUGUAUACCCCUGGAGGAUUCAUACCAGGCGCCUACUAACUUCCUACAGGAUAACAUCACCAAGAUACAACAUAUCGAAGCUCGUACAAGAAGAUGGCUCAUUAAAAAUUAGUCUCUGA